UUUCACUUCUUCUGAGUAUGUCUCUCUUUGCAAACAUCUGUAACACCGGGGCCUUGGAUGUUUUUAUUUGCAAAAUUAGCAGCAUCAAAUUGAAGGCAGACUUCAUUCAAUUUGCCAGACCAAGAAAUAGCUGCAGAGUGAGACCUCUUCACUGCCUCCUCUUCUCUGCGGCAGGGGAUCAGAGAGGAGGAGGAGGAGAGGGGAGGACAGACAGAGAGGCAGAGCAAAGAGUGGGCGGGGGAACAGAGGAAGGAGAAAGAGACAGAGUGGUGAGGAGAGAGGCAUCAUCUCACUGAUGCUGAGUCACAUAACUGAGGGACCACAGCCGCAUCCCAUGAGUCUUUGGGAAUAAUGGAGGAGCUCGAGCACACCUGCCCCCACCCCCGGACGACUCUGACAGAGCCUGCCAUCUUUGCCAGGGAGACCAGUUGUGAUUGUCGCGCCCCUCAUGAGAAACUCACCAUCGCUCAGGCCCGCAGAGGCACCCCAGUGGACCGGCCAGUCAGAGUCUAUGCAGAUGGCAUCUUUGACCUGUUCCACUCUGGACAUGCUCGUGCUCUCAUGCAGGCCAAGAACCUCUUCCCAAACACCUACCUCAUAGUAGGAGUGUGCAGUGAUGAGCUGACCCAUAAGUACAAGGGUUUCACGGUCAUGACGGAGCAUGAACGUUACGAAGCGCUGAGACACUGCCGCUAUGUCGACGAGGUUUUGAGAGAUGCGCCUUGGACUCUCACACCCGAGUUCCUGGAGAAACACAAGAUCGAUUUUGUGGCUCAUGAUGAUAUCCCAUACUCCUCAGCAGGAAGUGAGGACGUGUAUAAACACAUCAAGGAGGCAGGGAUGUUUGUGCCUACACAACGCACAGAGGGAAUCUCAACAUCUGACAUAAUAACCAGAAUUGUCAGAGACUAUGACGUCUACGCCCGACGCAACCUCCAACGUGGCUAUACGGCCAAGGAGCUUAACGUCAGCUACAUCAACGAGAAGAAGUACCGGCUGCAGAACCAAGUGGAUCGUAUGAAGGAGAAAGUUCGCACAGUCGAGGAGAAGAGCAAACACUUUGUUUACCGAGUGGAGGAGAAGAGUCACGACCUCAUUCAGAAGUGGGAAGAGAAAUCUAGGGAAUUCAUUGGAAACUUCUUAGAACUUUUUGGUCCAGAUGGAACUUGGAAACAGGUGUUUCAGGAACGCAGCGGUCGAAUGCUGUCCUACGCUCUGUCCCCCAGAGAGUCGCCCUCCAACAGCCCUCCCCGCGAACUGUCGCCCCUGCGCUCUCCCUCACCUCCAUCUCCCCCCACACGCUGGCACAACGCGCGGCCCUCGCCCCCGACCUCCCCCAAGGGAGCGUCCGCGUCUAUAAGCAGCAUGAGUGAAGGCGAUGAAGACGAGAAGUAGAUGAACUGCUGAACACACUUCCAUGCACAUACAAAAAACACUUCACUCACAGUACACUGCCUGAGAACUGCUCACACACACACACACACACACACACAACGCUAACACACACAGAUAUAUUCCUAAGCACUGGCUGGAUACUGAAACAGUAAUCCUCAAAGACGUUGCUAAUAUGCAAUGCAGAUGGUGGUCAUGGGAGAUGUAGUUCUGAGCUACAAAGCUAAGAAGCCAUCACUCUCUCUGUUGUCUGGGCGACCCAGCAGACAGAAGGAAGACAAAGAAAGACGGGGAUGAGGAUUUAUGUACAGAGUGUCACAUAUGGUAAGAAGGUCCAGAAUCCUUUGCAGCAUCUUUGGAAAGGAUUUGCUUUGGAUUGUCCAGCACUGAUAGAGACUGUCCAUCAGCCUGCUCAUAAUAUCACCUCACUGUUUUUGUCCUGUUCUGUUUAGUUUAGCGUUUUCUUAGUAAGAUGCCAAGACGUUUUGUAACUACUGUGACCACUAGAUGUGAAUAGGCACAAAGUUACAUAAUCACUGUGUCUGACAUUCAGUUCAACAGGUUAUGUGAACUGACGGGAACUGGAUUCAUUCACUGCUGUGUGAUUUUGUGUUUGUUGAACUGACAAUUAAGGAUUUAAGAAAAAACGCUGCACCCCCUAGAGUAGCAGAGGUGUAGUGGUGGAUAACCUGUUGGCAGUCAUAAACAGAGUCAGUGCUAGUUUGCACCAUUUUAGCAUAAAUGAUUGGCAAAGAACAUAAAUUCCAUGUUAAGCAGGAUUCAUAAUCUUAAAUUCCCUUGAUUUACUUGUUCCUACGCCACAGUAUCGACCAAUUGGCCGCGCCUAAUCUUGUAAAAUGCCUGUUAGACACUCCCAAAAACAUGAUUGGUAUGAGACAUUUAAUGCUGAAUGUAAACAGAGAGUUUGAGACCACACCUAGAGAGUAAAUGUAAUCACAUCCUAUACAAACACACAAAUGCUUCAUCACCAUAGCCACUCAGUAGGUCUCAGAAUGAUCAUAAAUAACUGACUAGCAGAACCACAUGAAUUUUCCCCAUAAAAAGCCAUGCAUUUUCUGACAGUUUUCCAUGUUUUAUCAAUCAAUGUUUAGCAGACAUUUUUCUUCACUCUUUGGAAUAUGAUGUCAGCUGUCAAAAAGCCUGGCAAACUUGGAGAUGCAGCCUUUCUCCAGUACUCUGAUGAUACUUGAAAUAUACAAUAAUUGAAGCCCUCCAGGUGAGCUGUCAGGUCCUCAAAAGCUGGAGCAUAGCCCUUAUGUUUUUCUUUGCUAUUAUUGGAAAUGUAUGUAACAACUUCUUUUGCUUAGGUCUUCUCAGCAGUGACCCACAUUAGGGCAGAGUAGACCUCUCUUCCACCCAAAUACAAUACCCUAAUGCAAUGUAGAGAACUUAACGUCCUGUACGCACUACAUGUUAAUCUGCACUAUAUGUACAAACUUUGAGAAUGUGUCUUUUUUUAUUUUUUAAAUUUUAAUGUUCAAACAGCUUGAUAUGUAAAUAAAACAAAAAUGUAUAACUGAA